AUCAAAGGAAACGGUCGUUUGCAAACUCAACCCAUUGGAACACAGAAGGGGAGGUUUAUCCCUUUAGCAAGUCCCCUUUUCCCAAUCUCCUCGUCGGCAGCGACGCUGCUCCUCCGCCGAUCACCUUCUCCGUCGCCGGAUCGUAGAGAAAAAUGGGAAGCAGGGCAUUACUUCUACUAGCACCAGCAUUUUUAGCUGAUCGUAUUCUGGUCAAUCACUUCUCGAUAUCUGGAUUUCGUCAAGCCUUUAGACCGAAGGAGGAGAUGCUCAGGGUUGGAGUUCGCAACUACUCGGUUCAUUCCAGUUUGGAGCGACCUAAUGUGUCUCGUUUAGCAGAAACUGCCCGUAUCUCUCUCACUCCACAGGAGGCUGAAGAGUUUGCCCCCAAAAUUCAGCAAGUGGUAGACUGGUUUGGGCAACUUCAAGAUGUGGAUCUUCAAAGUAUUGAACCAGCAAUACGUGCAGAUACUGAAGUGGGAAGCUUUCGCGAGGAUAGUCCUGAAACCUUUGACAAGAGGGAGGCCAUGAUAGCUUCUGUCCCAAGUUAUGAGGAGCCAUACAUUAAAGUUCCAAAAGUCUUGAACAAGGAUUAACUCAAUAAGGGUUUCCGUGGUGAUUGAUCUCUCGUCGUUAUGCAUAUGGUUUUACUAUCAUUUUGGCGUUUGACGUUUUAGAGUUGAUUUUAGAAGAUAUCAUUAAGAUGCGUAUUUGAGAAUCAAUUCUUGAUUAAGAUGGUCUUUUUCAACCCUAGUUGCAAAUCCAACCAUAACAUGCAUCGAUGAUUAUGUUCGUCUCAAGUACUUCACUCUAUGCUUACUCGAAUGACUGUCUUGAACUA